GUACUGCUUAGUGCAGAUGAAAUCUCGAAAAGCCCUCAACCAUUUUAAGUCCCGCCGACAGUUUAGUUCAACGUUUUAGCCCCGCUGACUCAGCAGCAGGCAAUGCAGAUACAAACGUAUCUGCUACCUGUGUUCAGAUACUUUUUCGCUCAUCCGUUAACCGCAAUCCGCGAUGAACUGCGAGCCAUUGUGUUGAUGCUGCUGCCGAUGUACCUGCAAUUUUAGCCGCUACUCAUGUUGCUGAUGUAGCUGCAAUUGCUGCUGCUGUCUGCUGCUGCUGCGUGACAACGAUUGCACAAUGGAAUCAAUUGUUAUAAUGGAAUUAGCGUGCACCCAACCUCGCGCACAGCCGUGAAUUGUCAGCCAAAAGAGAGAGCGCUUGAAGGAAAAAUACGAAUGAAAGAUGGUGGCGGGGAAAGUGGGGCCAUGGGCACCACCAGAUAUCAGAAAAAAUGUCUAAUUAAGUGUGCGAGCAAAGGCGGCACUAUCUGAACUUGACAACACAACAAUGUAUCUACAAACCUUGUACUGCUCUAAGCUUAUUGAAGAAGUCGAAUGUCCACUUCCUUUCAAGACUUAAAUGAAACGGGGAAGGUUUUGUGAGAUCAUAUGAGAAUAACCUUUAAGGCAACGCCUUGAUUUUAUAACAUGGAUGGGUUUGAUCAUUGCAAAAACAGCCAAGUCAUUGCUUACCCCCUCAGUUGACCAAACAAAACCCAACCCAAGCAGCCUUACAGCAAAGAUCCACUAAAAGUGAUUCAUGGAGGUAUCAUUCAUUUAGGUAUCAAUAUCGCUCAUUCAGACAAGCCCUUUCACUUCAGUCUCAAUGGAAACAGCCUUAAACUUUUCCGCUCUCUCCUUCAUUGGCUUUUACGUUAUUUCACAAUGCAAAUAUAUAUACAAAAUAUAUAAACAAUUGGCUUGCGAGACAAUAUUUACAAGCGUGGCCAGCUGCGACAAAAAAUUCAACAAUAAUCGCUUAAAGGGGGCACGUUUUUGAUGCACAAGACAUGUUGCAAGGCAAAACAAAGAGGGACUAGAAAAACUGGUUGGACACAUGAAUAAUAUAUGUGUGUACGGAAAAAAGAAAAUCACUAGAUGGCAGGCAGAAUUGGUUGGAGGGAAGGAGGGUGAGGCAAAUGCUAAGUGCAGUCGAGCAGCAAAAGAACUUGAUAAGUUAGCCAGAAGUGGAUCAUGUUGCAUGCCAUGUGGAAUUCAUUGAGAACUGAGGGAGGGGGAGUCCCAGAAGCGAGAGUGUCCGCUUCAAAAGUUGCCCGCCAAGUGAUCCAUAAACGGAGUGAUUAAAUAAAUUAAAAUUCUUUAUUUUCUUGUUUAUGGCUGUUCUCCCGCUCCCUCAAUCGCAAUCUUUCGCCCACAACGAGUUCUAAUAAUUAGCACAAGAAUUGGCUCACUGAGGGACUCAUUUCCACAUGGUUAUAAAGCUUAUAUAGUACCCGGCUUAUUUACAUCAGAGUUUAGUUCAGUCCGCGUCAUUUGCUAAUCGAAACUCGUCUGGCGAAAACAGCUCUAGAAAAUAAGACCCCAAACAGAGCACGCAAAUUCAGCUUGGAAUUCGUCCAUGAAUAUAUGCGAAUAUAUUUACGGAUAUGGAUUAAAUGGUUCCUAUUUAAGUGCCGGCCACUUAACACCGUCGAAUUAAAGCGAUCAAAUCAAGCAGAUCCAAGAUGCUCACCAGACAGCCCGACUACACCAUCUCCGAACUGGGCCAUCCCAUCCACCAGUGGUCGGAUUCGACCACGUGCGAGUCCCUCAAGAAGCUGGACUACAGAAAGAUGCCCAGUUCCCCGCCAUCACCUCAUCGUCUGCUCCCACUGAGGGAGACCCUGGACGAUUGUUUCAAGCGGUUGACGAUGAGGAGCCGAGAAGAUUUCGAAGAGGAUCCCGUGUACCAGCAGAAACUGCGGAAGAAUCAGUGGAAUGAACAGCAGCGAAAGCGCAGCAAUCAAAAAUGUCGAGAUAAAGACGAGUCCAGAGCCACAACGACGACGACGACGACGAUAGCGGCGACCUGCGAUUUAAACAAUUUCUGAGAUUAGAAGGAGGAGGAAGAAUAUCUAUGGGGGAAGCAACCUAAGCGGACUGACUAAAAGUGCUAAAAUAAAACACCUUUUGCCUAGAUCAUUAAGCACAUUAAAUGUUAAGUAAAGGAAAAGCUAUAACACUUAAUUCUCGUUUAAUUGCCAGCCACGCAGUUAGCAUACAAAAGCACAUUCAAAUGGAAUUUCAUCGGCCCAUUAAAGUGUAAACAAAUCGCGGAGAAGAGUAGUGAAUAGAACAGAACAGAACAGAACUAAACAGGCUGGCAGCCAAAAAUGGUGAGGAGACAUUGGGGCAACCUUGAUCAUGAGCACGUCGCCAUGGGGCCAACAAAUUAAUGCUCGAACGUGCUUUCUUUAAAUGGCUAAACGCGUGCGAUUGGAGCAGAUCUGUACUCGCAGCGGAAGAAUCCGCGAUCUUCUAAUGGUAAUGGUAACCCAAAGUGGAUAAUGGAAUCUAUUACUGGUGUAGAUUCUGCGUUGUUAGGAGUUAUCUUCAUCUGCUAAACCAUACGAGUGAAAUUAUCUAGAAUGCGAGGCUUAAAUAUUUGCAUAAGAUAAGAUAGCAAGUUAAAAUAAAGAUCACUAGUAGAACAUCAAAAUAUCUUAAAUAGUUACAUAGAAUGUACAAAUAAAUACUUAAUAAAGAUAAACAACAGCGUUCUCAGCUGAAUUCUACACA